UGCGUUUAGCGACGGAUUUGGAAGGUGGUGGGGUGUUCACAUAAAUACACGAUACUCACUGCUAUGAGAUAGUGUGAAGUUCGAUGAGUAAAGUGGAUUACGGCAGCCAGAACACAGUUGUCGAGCUCCAAUUGCCAGUUUGGGACUGUAUGGAGGAAUUCCAAAGCACGAAUGAACAACUGUGUAUGCAGCUCCAACAACCGUGCUCCAAGGAACAACUGUUGCUGCAAAACAUCAACACGCCGUCCGUGACGAGGCAGUCGUCUACCGUCACACCGGGGUUGCGGUACCGGAACAUCGGCAAGAGUGGGCUGCGAGUCUCCAACGUCGGCUUGGGAACGUGGGUCACUUUCGGCAACAAUGUCAGCGAGGAGCAGGCGGAGGCGGUGGUGCAGGCGGCGUACGAGUCUGGCAUCAACGUGUUCGACCUGAGCGAGGCUCACUGCGGCAUCCCGGCCGAGCUGGAACUGGGCCACAUUCUCCAGAAGAAGGGCUGGAAACGGAGCUCCUACAUAGUCACCACCAAAAUAUACUGGAAUUCUAAAUCUGAGGAGAGAGGCUUAUCGAGAAAGCAUAUCAUCGAGUCGGUGAGAGCGUCUCUAGCCAGACUACAGCUGAGCUACAUUGAUGUGGUCAUAGUUCACAGAGCAGACCCAAUGUGCCCGACUGAAGAGGUGGUGAGGGCCAUGCACCAUGUGAUCGGGCAGGGCUGGGUCAUGUACUGGGGCACAGCCAAGUGGACGCCAGUGGAAGUGAUGGAGGCCUACACCAACUGCCGGCAGUUCAACUGUAUCACCCCCAUCAUCGAGCAGACAGAGUAUCACAUGUUCUGUCGCGAGAAGACAGAGCUCUACAUGCCUGAGUUGUACAAUAAAAUCGGAGUGGGGUUGAUGGCGUGGUCUCCCUUGGCCAUGGGUUUGGUCUCAGGCAAGAUUGAUGAUGGUGGCCUUCCCGUUCUGUCCAGAUCAUCACUUAAGAACAAGUUACUCCUCGUUCAGCCACAGUUGGACUGAAGAUGAGACUCAGUCAACAAAAGAAGUGAGUAA